AUGAAAAGGAGUAUUAAGUAAUAACAUCAGUUGUAAUUAAAAUAACUGUAUUGUAAAUAGAAACUAAAUAUCUAAACGGAAGUUGAUGAUACUCGAAACUCAAAGCCAGUAAGUAAAUUGUGUUAUGUAUAGAUAUCUUUAAAUUAUUCACCAUUAAAUAAGGUGGAACAUAGUGUAUUCUCAAACAGAUGGAAAAUGAAUAAAGGGUUAUUGAAUAACAAAACAAAUAGAUUGAUGACUCAACAAUAAUCUGAUUCAGAAACAGAAUUCUCAAAUCAACCAAAAAUAAUUUAACUAUCAUAAAGAAGCUAAAUUUAAACAAAAAGAUCGAUAUCAAAUAAAAGAAAUAAUAGCAUUGGAGAUUACAAUUAAUCUCCUAAUAAUUAAAAUAGAACAUCUUUAUAUACAAGUCAAAAAUAAAGAUCGUAUUCUAUUCAACAAUAAUAAUAAUAAUAAUAAUAAUAAUAAUAACAAUAACAAAGAUAAUAAUAAUAAUCUCUUUUUUAGUCUGUUGGUAUUAAAUAAAAUUAAGUAAAUGAUGCUAAAUCAUUUAUUUAGUAAUUUGAAAUUACUAUAGAGGAAUGGGAUAAAUUUGGAAAUAGAUUUCCUUUUGGAUUUUAAAGAGAGAAACUAUUGGGAAGAGGGGGUUUUUCAUUGAUUUGGUUAGCUAAAGAAUAGAAAGGAGGUGCAUUAUGUGCUGUAAAAUAGAUUCCAAGAAAAUCUAAACAUGAAACUCAUUUUAAAGAAUUAGCAUUUUGCACUUAAUUUUUUAAUAAAGGAGGUUAAAUAAAGAGUUAAUAUUAGUAAAAUGAAGGAAUUAAAAAUCUAUGCAAAAUGUUAGAUUAUGUCAUUGAUCCGCAUGAUGUAUUCAUAAUAUAUGAAGUUUGUGGAUAUUCAUUGGGUACUUAAUUGUAUGACUUUGAAUCCCUCAAUAAUAGUUAUAAGGUAUAAUAAGAAUACAUGGUAGUUAAUUCCAUAGAAAUUAAGUUUGCUCUUUAAGUAGUUUCCUGUCUUUUUAUUUAAAUUUAUAAAAAGAAUCACAUAAACUAUAGAAUUACUAGUAAAGACAGGUUGGGUCCAUAGUGAUAUUAAAAGUGAAAACAUUCUUAUCUCUUAUGGAUAACAAGAUGUUGAAUUUAAAAUUAUAGAUUAUGGUUCAUCUUUUAAAUUUGUAGAAGUAUUUGAAAAAUUCUCAAUGGCAACACCUGAAUAUAUGUCUCCAGAAAUGUUAACAUUUAUACUAAGAGAAAAUUAAAUGUCUUAUGAUAAUCAAUUAAUUGAAUCACUUGUAAAUUAUGAUAAAUCUUGGGUUAUAGAUAUUUGGGGAUUAGGAUGUGUUAUCUUAGAAAUUAUUUCAGGAUUACCAUUAUGGAUGAGUUAUGACACAUAAGUAAUUAAUUAUAAAGGUCAGAAAGUCAUGGCUUAAGGUUUAUUUGCUGUUACAGGUAGAAGUUUUAGUAAAAUUGUUGAAAAAUAAAUUAAAAUACUUACUAAUCUAGAAUUUGUAUUGAGAGAAUAAAAUUAUUCUGGUAUUUAAGUUACACCUUUAUUAACUUAAUUAUUAAAAGGAAUGUUAGCCAUUAAUCCAAAAUAAAGAUAUUCACCUUAAUAAAUAUUGAAUUUACUUUAAGAUAUUUGA